AUGGCGGCUAAGAUUAAGAAAGUGUUGGAACCAUUGAUGGAGGAGGUGAACCGAUGGGGUUGUUUGAAGCAGACUGGGGUGAGCUUGAGGUACAUGAUAGAGUUUGGUUCCACACCCAUUCCCAAGAAUUUGCUCAUUUCUUCUCAGUUCCUUUACAGGGAGCUUCCUAUUAGGAUUGCUAGGAGAGUCAUUGAGCUUGAGAAUCUCCCAUAUGGCUUAUCUCAUAAGCCUCCCGUUUUGAAGGUUAGAGAUUGGUACUUGGAUUCUUUCUGUGAUCUUAGAUCUUUCCCUGAGAUCAAGAAUAUGAAUGAUGAGAAAGAAUUCACUGAAAUGAUUAAGUUCAUCAAGGUGAGACACAACAAUGUAGUACCUACCAUGGCCCUUGGUGUUCAGCAGUUGAAGCAAGGUAUGAAUGGGAAGAUUGUUUACAAGGAUCCUGAUGAGAUAGAUCAGUUUCUUGAUCGCUUUUACAUGUCAAGAAUUGGAAUCCGUAUGCUUAUUGGGCAACAUGUUGAGUUGCACAAUCCCUAUCCUCUUCCCAAUUGUGUAGGUUGUAUUCAUACAAGAUUGUCUCCCAUGGAUGUGGCAUGGAAUGCCAGUGAGGAUGCACGUGCUAUGUGUUAUCGUGAAUAUGGCAGUGCCCCAGAUGUACAUAUUUAUGGGGAUCCUAAUUUUAUUUUUCCGUACGUUCCAGCUCACUUGCAUCUUAUGAUAUUUGAGUUGGUUAAGAACUCACUGCGUGCAGUCCAAGACCGUUUUAUGGAUUCUGACAAGAUUGCUUCUCCCAUUAGAAUAAUAGUUGCUGAUGGAAUAGAGGAUGUUACCAUAAAGGUCUCAGACGAGGGAGGUGGAGUACCAAGAAGUGGUCUUCCAAAAAUAUUUACAUAUCUCUACAGUACAGCUAGAAACCAAUUGGAUGAACAUUCAGAUCUUGGAAUAGCUGAUAAUGUAACAAUGGCUGGAUAUGGUCAUGGGCUUCCUGUUUGCCGCUUGUAUGCUAGGUAUUUUGGCGGUGAUCUUCAAGUAAUCUCUAUGGAAGGAUAUGCAUGGCAACUUUUUGUUUCUCUUCUAAAAUGUUUCCAAUAUUGUACGGCUUUUGAAUUAUUGAAUUUGAUUGCACUAUUAUGUGCUACAGCUGUGUCAGCGGCUGAAUGA